AUGGGCCCCCGUGUGUGGCGGGAUAAUUCACCGCUACCACUGACACCAGAUUAUGCUGGAUCAGUAGUACGCUAUGCUGAUGGUGUCUUUGAUCCCCAUUUCCAUCGUUUCGUAACUAUAAUGGAAGAUCAUCGGCACAAUAGCUCAAAUCCCAUCACUACAAUUGUUGCUGUAAGAAUAAGUGAUGGGGAUGUCAAAGAAUCUACUAUGCUGGUCAGUGGCAAUGACUUUUAUGCCUUCCCACGUAUUGAUCCAACUAAAAAACGUAUGGCAUGGAUUGAGUGGAGUAACCCGAACAUGUCCUGGGACAAAUCACAGUUAUGGGUUGGGUAUUUCAAUGAGAAAGGAGACAUAAAAGAAAAGAUCUGCAUUGCUGGUGGAGACCCAACAAUAGUAGAAUCUCCUACUGAACCCAAGUGGUCUUCAAAAGGGGAGCUGUUCUUCAUAACCGAUCGAAGGAGUGGGUUUUGGAAUAUUUAUAAAUGGGAUGAGCAGAACAGAGCAGUAACACCUCUGUAUUCACUUGAUGCUGAAUUCUCCAAGCCCAUGUGGAUUUUUGGUGUCAGCUCCUAUGAUUUCCUUGGAAUAGAUGACACAAGUCACAAAAUCGUUUGCUGUUACAGGCAGAAUGGAAAGUCAUAUGUUGGGGUGCUUGACCAUGAUUCCGAGUCCUUUUCGAAAAUUGACAUUCCCUUCUCUUCUGUAACUAACAUAGUGGUCUCUGGAGAUGGAUCCUUCUAUAUUGAGGGUGCAUCUGCUACUCUUCCAGUAUCAAUAGCAAAGGUGACACUUGAUAAAAAGAGAACUAUGGCAACUGAUUUCUCUAUUGUUUGGUCCUCCUCAGAGGAUGUUGCACAAUAUAAAUCGUACUUCAGCUUGCCUGAAUUUGUGGAGUUUCCAACUGUGAUCAAUGGUCGGCAUGCAUAUGCUUAUUUUUAUGCUCCAUAUAAUAAUGUUUUCCAAGGUUCAUCAGACGAAAAGCCUCCCCUACUGGUCAGAACUCAUGGUGGACCCACAGAUGAAGCACGAGGGGUUCUGGAUCUUAGUGUGCAGUACUGGACAAGCCGAGGAUGGGCAUUUGUUGAUGUUAACUAUGGGGGAAGCUCAGGCUAUGGGAGAGAAUUUCGAGAGAGGCAUUUAGCACAAUGGGGUGUUGUUGAUGUAAAUGAUUGCUGCAGUUGUGCUGCAUUCCUGGUGGAAACCGGAAGAGUGGAUGGGCAGCGGCUUUGUGUAACUGGAGAAUCCGCUGGUGGAUUCACAACUUUAGCCUGCCUUGCUUUCAGACAGACCUUCAAAAUAGCUGACCUAGCGUCCUUGAGGGCAGGAAUGCACAAGUUUGAAGCAUACUACAUUGAUAACCUUGUGGGAAAUAAACAAGCUUACUUUGAGAGGUCUCCAAUAAACUUUGUUGAAAACUUUUCAUGUCCAGUGAUUUUGUUUCAAGGGUUGGAAGACACGGUUGUAUCACCAGAUCAGGCAACAAAAAUAUACAAGGCCAUAAAGGACAAGGGCCUUCCCGUUGCUUUGGUUGAGUACGAAGGGGAACAACAUGGUUUCGGCAAGGCUGAGAACAUCAAAUUUACCUUGGAGCAGGAGAUGGUGUUCUUGGCAAGAUUAGUGGGAAAGUUCAAGGUGGCUGAUGACAUAACUCCAAUCAAGAUUGAAAACUUUGAUUAG